CAUCGACUUCACGCAUUGAUAAAAAAUUGAAGAAAUUGUUCAGGAAGAACUCGAAGAGGGAUCAUCCGGUAAUCAUUAAUCAAGAAAACGGAAUAGACUGGAAAGAAUUGGGGAAAAAACCCCCAAAAAAAUCCAGAGUCAAGACCUUCUUAAGCAUUCCUAUUUCACCGAAACAAAAGCCGAUUUCAAGAAUGAAGCUAACUGCGUUAAAAUUGAUGUCGUGCCUGUUUACAACAUUACUACUCGCAGUGAUCGCCUUCGGAUAUCCCGCCAGCAACAGUGAAGCAGCGAUCGAGAACAUGAGGCAGAUUCCACAAUGGCAUUGUCUCCGCUAUAGAAAGUUUGAUUUUGUCCGUCGCUGUCGGAAUUAUCGCUCAGGAAGAAGACACUGACAAAUGGACAUUCAAUAUGAUCCACGAUUGGCAAUACAUUAUGGCAAAUUUCGUCGUCGAAUCGUGCAAAAC